CACGUCAAGGAUGGGAAUAACGCGGCGAUUAUGAUGACGUCCGGCAGUUGUCUGGACUUCUUCUGGGUUGCAACGAUUGCCAAGAGCAAGAAGAUGAGAAGGAAUCGGGACAAGGGGCGAGCGUGCCGCGCUUGUCUGCUUCUGCUUGCCUUCGGUCUUUGGCUGCCCGACUGUGCUGCGCGAACAGUGCUCGUCUUCGAGGACUGCCCCGACCUGACGACCGCUGCGAGAGCUGUGGCGAAUGCCUCCGACGCUCCUCUGGCGCCAAUCGCGUUUCCUUGCGGCGCCGCGGCCGUUCCGCCUCCGGUGCUGUCGCAGAUGAUCUCGCUGGCGAAGAGUGGCGACACAUUAUUCUUUGUCGCGCUAAUAACGGCCAACAUCAGCAUCCCGCCCGGGAGAUCUCUGUCGAUGAAUGGAUAUCCAGAGAUCUCCAGUCGGAUUAUUCACGUGCCGCCGAUGAUGCCGAGGAACAACCAAUCGCUGAAGGAAUUCUGCGGCCGCUUGCUCGACCCGGUGGCUCGCGGCCUUAGCCUGGCCUCGUCGUGGAUGUUGUAUCACGCCUGGACUCAGGUGGCGGUUCUCUACGACCAGACGCUGCUGACUCGCUCCAGCUGGCCGGCAGUGAGGAAAUUCAUAGAGUUCACACACCGGCUUGGGGCCAGACUGUCCUUCAAUAAAAUCCCAGAAAUGCCCCCGGCGGUGCCAGGGACCACGAGCGACGAAGGCAGCGAGUUGGCGGCGUUCCUGCGAGACGUCCUGCGGCGCUGGGAAGAGCGGGACGCCCGUCGCAUCGUGGUUUUCGCGAAGGGCGGGACACUCAGACGCCUGCUGCGGGAGAUCUCUGAAUUGGAUCGCUUGAACACCGAGAGUGACUGUGAUUGGCUGGUUUUCACUUCUGUGCGUGAUGAUGUCUCGCAUGCCCUGCAACCAGCUCCUGGCCACCGAGUGUUUUUUGCUGAUAUUUCUCUUGAUGUGGACUUUCUCCAGGUCGGUUUAAUGGCCGUGAGACUCGCCGAGGACUUGUCUCGCUCUAACGCCACGUGUUCGAGCAGCCGCAAGGCACGAGUGCGGUUGCCGGCGACGGUGUACGGCAAGAGUCCGGACUACGGCCGCCUCGCCCCCGCCAUCGUGGACUCUCUCGUCCAGCCGAGACUCGUCCCGCUUUACACAUGGGCACCUUCCCCGCAGGCCGGCGUCGGGGCGAUGAAACCACUGUCGGCCUAUGAGCUCUACCAGCUUCAUGGAGCUCACUUGCUGGUUGCCACGUUGAGGAGCGCGCCCUUCAUCAAGCCGCAACGACAACGGGAGUCGAGGAGCGAAGGCACGGCAUCGCGGAGGGAGCCGACUGCUACUCACGUGGGUGGAGGAGGCGGAAGGCGACAGGGCAGCCAGCGCCGACCGGGACAUCCUCCGCCCCACAUAACCUGCCCUCAGCCAGGAGGCUUCCACGGAUUCCUGGUGGACUUAAUCGACUUACUCAGCAACGAGAUGAAUUUCACGUACACCCUGUACGAGGUGUGCGACAACAGCUACGGGUCAAGGAAGGGCGCGAACUGGACGGGCGUCGUGGGCGAGGUGAUCAACGGCGACGCCCACAUUGGCCUCGGAAACCUCGGCGCCAAUUACGCCCGCAGCUUGGCCGUGUCCUUCCCCUCUGUGUCCACCAGCUACGGCGGGGCAGGCAUCAUCUACAGGAGGCCCCAGGGUCUGAGGGACGACCUUCUCGCCGUUUUCCUUCUUCCUUUCUCAAAGAAGGUGUGGUUCUGCAUCGUCGCCUCCCUGCCCGUGGUCGCCUUCGCCAUCCAGCUUGCUACGCGGCCUCUCUCGCGCCUUCGCCGGUGUCUCCCUGCGAGGCACAGGCCUACGUCGCGAGGCCGAAUGACGGAGCUAGGGCAGUCUGCCAGUCUUCGGCCACGACGGGGCACGACUAAGGACAAGGACAAAUAUAAGAUCCAUUCGGGAGCCAAGACUCCGGCGAGGGACGCAGACGGAGGACGGAGCCGCGAGGACCCCGACGGCGACGACCUGUCCCUCUCCUUCUUCAGCGGCGUCUGGUUCGCGGCCACGGUCUACAUGCAGCAAGGUCAGGAGCUGGUGCCCGAGAGGCUGCCGGCGAGGAUGGUGUUCGGCGCCAUGUGGGUGGCGUCCGUCGUCCUGUACGCGGCCUACACGUCCAAUCUGGUCUCCUACUUCACUGUUACCAAGAUUUCUCUCCCGAUCAACAAUCUGGAGCAGCUGGUGGAGAGUGAAUACAUGUUCGGUACCCGAGCCGGGUCUGUUUACCUGGACAACUUCAAGGUGUCGAGCAACCCUGUCUACAGUGCAGCUUAUUCAAAAAUCGAUUCCUUCGGAGGCAGCGUCCUCAUGUCAACCUACGAAGAGGCCAUCACAAGAGCGCUUCAGGGGUCCUACGCCUUCAUUGGAGAUUACGUCGUUCUGGACUACUAUCAAAAGAAAGACUGUAAUCUAGUUUUGCUGAAACAGCAGUUAUUUGAGUCGAAGAGUUCCUUUAUAUUAGCCCGCAAUUCUCCGCUUCUUCCUGCUGUUAAUCACUACAUGACGGUCAUGACAGAGAGCGGCAUCAAGGAAAAGCUUCGUCAGAAGUGGUGGCGCUCCGAGCCGUGUGCGGCGGAGACUCCUCUCACGGCCUACAACAGCAUCGGCCUUUGGGAGGUGUGCUCGGCCGUGCUCAUCAUGGCUGUGGGCUUGGUGCUGGCGGUCGUGGUGUGCUGCUGCGAGAGCGUCCAUCCGCGGCUCACGUCCCCUGCCUCGGCCCGGGCCUCGCUCCCAGGCGCCGCGCCGCUGAGACUGGCGCAGCCUCUCGGGCCCGGCGGGAUGACGCGGCGCUGGGGAAAGUUGCGUUCACUCUUACACACAGAUAUGUGAACGAAUGGAAAAAUGAAUAAACACACACACACAUACAUACAUACAUACAUACAUACAUACAUACAUACAUACAUAC